UUCCCCCCUCGACGGGGGCUCUAAAUAAAUGUACCAAGUCUCGGUUACCUUCUCUCCAAGAAAGUCAAACAAGACAUGGUCAUCGUUAAGAAGAUUCUACCCGCAAUUUUUUUUUAUUCGUGAAUUCGUCAAACCUUGUAGCUUGACCGCGUUGGUUGAUCUUGUCCUCCAAGCCGCUCUCUCUCUACUUAUACGGCUCUUCUUUGAAGAGAUCAAGCCAAAACACCAAAAUCCUCAGAAAACAUAGCUAAGCAGACCUCCCUAGUUUCUCAGAUGUUGACCCCUUUCAUCUGCGGCACUUCCGCUUUCCAUCCGGAGGAAGACGACCAGCUGGACGGCACGAGCCCUUGCUCGUCGCCGAGGCGAUCGUCGAGGAGGAGCGGCCACCACAACAACAAGGAGAACAAGAACCCGUACUCGACUCGCGGGCUCGACACGUUCGAGGCCCUCCUGUCCGACCUCCAGGAGAAGCGGCAGAAGAUUUACACCCAGAAGGGCUCCGGCAACAUCUCCCUCGUCCGGUUCGCCUUCACGAGCUCCAACGACUGCGUGCCUAUUGUGGUCAAGAAGGAUAAGGCUAACAAGCCUCGAGAUCACAGGAGCAAGACCAAUGGUCCUCGCGCUACCGGGGACCAGGCGGCAAGAAAUUCGGACGCCCAUCAGGAUAAAAACUUACCCGACGAAACUUCGAGCGAGGUUAAGAAAGCGAGUGAGACGAAGGCGGAUCAUUCGGAUAAGAAAGCGAAGAACAAGAGCCUUGAGUGGGGAUUCAUGAGAAUGAAGAAUUGGAGGCGGCCUUCGUAUUACAUGCCCGUGGCUAUCGUAUUGAUUCUGCUGUUCUUGGCCGUUUUCGGGCGGUCGGUCGCGAUCCUGUGCACCUCGAUCGGCUGGUACGUAGUGCCCACGCUCCACGCCAGGAGCUCGAGCAGUUCGCAGAAGCCGGCGACGACCAAGAAAAAGGAACUCGGCCGAAGAUUGAGCGAAAACAAGAUGGUGAUCAACAAUAACAGAAGGUCUUCCUCUCCUCCUAAUAACAGGAGCGGCAACAAUUCCGGCCCGGACAAGUCGGCCGACCGCCACGGCCACCGGAAAAGCUGGUGAAAGCCUGGUCCGAAUUCGCUAAAUUCCCAGUCCCCCCCCUGCACACUCUUUCUGUUCUUCUUCAGGUGUACAAAGACCAUUUUGACUUCGCUGAUGCAUAAACCUUUUUUCUUUACGCUCUCAGCUUCAUCUUAACAUGUAGGUCGGUUUUUGAUCCGCGAUCUCGAACAGUUCGUUCUCCGUUGUAAUCUUGAUAAUCAAGUGUAAAUUACGAGUAUGUAGGCGAUGUAUUAGGUCAGGGGACGCACCCCAUGUCAUGUAAGAACUGUAAUGGCAUGGUGGUUUUGGUUAAGAGUCCAGCGAGAAGCUUGCUGAUCAUCAAUGAAUAAUGGGAUUUGCUA